UUAAAUCAGUUUUAGAAGCUUAUUCAUUUAUAGUAGGUACAAAAGAAGAAUGUAUGGAUGCACUGAAAAAUGGCCGAGUAGUGGCUAUUGCACCAGGUGGAGCUCCAGAAGCACUUUUUAGUGACAAAACUUACAAACUCAUAUGGGGUCACCGUAAAGGCUUUGCUCAGCUGGCUAUAGAUGCAAAAGUGUCCAUCAUUCCAAUGUAUACUGAAAAUAUUCAGGAAGCAUAUAGGAUGCCUAAUGAAUGCAGAUUAAUUAGGUGGCUACAUGAAACUUUUUUGUGGCCAGUCAUCCCACCGUAUGGAGGGCUUCCAGUUAAACUUCACACACACGUUGGAGAACCCAUUCCAUAUGAUCCAGAUAUAACUGCUGAGGAACUAGCUAAAAAGACACAGACUGCACUCCAAAAUCUGAUACAAAGACACCAACAAAUACCAGGAAGCAUGUGGAAGGCUUUAUUGGCACGGUUGGAUAAACCCAAAAAAGAUGAUUAG